AUGGAUAUUGACGAUAUGGAUAUUGACGAUAUGGAUAUUGACGAUAUGGAUAUUGACGAUAUGGAUAUUGACGAUAUGGACAUUGACGAUCUUGACGAGGAGAUUGACGUCCAAGGACUUCAAGACCCAAUGGACGUCGACGGUCCCCAACACCCAAUCGACGUUGAUAGUCAUCAAGGCCAAGUCGACGUUCACAGUCCCCAAGAGCACAACGAUCCUGUCGAGGAGCAAUGGGGCCACGAAUCGCACUUAGAGAGCCAGAAAUAUGUGGUGGCUUCGGAAAAGCCCUGCCCAGACUGUGGCGAUUUGGUCCGCUGUACACAUCCGGCGAUGAGAAGGCAUAUCCGGGAUCGGCACCUCAUAAUCGUCGAUUUAAAUCAUACUUUGGUGUUAAACGAACUUGCUUCCACCCCCAGUGACGACAUCCUGGAAGACUGGAAGUGUUUUGCGACAGAUGACGAGAAAGAGGAAAUCAACCAUGAACUGCAUGAAAAGGCAGUCGACGGAGAUGAAAAUACCGAGGACGAUACAAAAACUACUGAUGUCCAAGUCAACCCUGGAGAAGAAUUAACCGACUGGGCCUCAAAGGAACAAGCUAUGGGCCUGGACGAAAUGGACGAAAUGCCAGCGCUAGCAGCAAAACCCUCGGACCUUGACGAAGAGACCCUGCGGAACACAGUCAUGGGUUGUCUGAAAGCAUCCAAGGUCAAAGAUGUGGCUGACAUCUUUGGAGACCACGAAACGAAAGUUCUGGAGAGUGGCACCUAUCGUGUUACUCGGAAUCUGCCAAGCGAUGUGAAGCUUUCCCCCGACCUCGACAACGUGGUCUUUGCGAUGUUCAGAGACAACCUUUGGGAAUGUCAGGUUCCUCAUUGUGGUGCCACAUUUCCACAUGUAGUGGGUGUCGAUUUACACCUGCAAGCACACGGCACAAUACGCCUCACAAGAUGGUAUUGUGGCGAUGUCACCUGCUCAACCGGAAAGGAAAUGGUUUUUGACGAUCGUGCUGCACUGGAAUCACAUAUUAAAACGUGUCAUAUGAGCUCACCCUAUAGCAGUGCAGCUGGGCGACGAGUGCCAAAGAUGGACUGCCUGGUGAGCAGCCUCAUUGGAAAACUGAAAAAUCCCCGAAGCCAGCAAAGCAGCCAGGAACCGGCCAAAAACGUUGAAGCCGAGCACGGCCACGAGCACGGCGGGGAGCCCUGUGAGGUACAGAACCAUGUCAAGCACGUAUUUUAUCGAAUCACAACAUCCACUGGUUUUGUGGAGUUACUCGAACACGAUGCCAGGAGGUAUCUCUUGGAUCUCGGCGUGGAAGAGUGCGCUUUUUCCCCGCAUGAUCCUUGUCCGGUCAUAGAAUUUAACGGAGGCGAGGCAGAAAGAUACGAAGUGCUUACAGAGAGGAAACCUGUAGAUCAGGUCUUCUAUCGGAUUAAAACCUCGAAGCCGGCCCAGAAGCACGCCAGGAAGGAGGCCAAGAAAGAGGCCAGACUGAAGAAUCAAGACAGCAAGAAAGCGAGUCUAAACGUCCCAGUCAUACUCACCAAUGCCCGUGGCCAAAUUGUACGCAGAAUACAAGCCACCCUCCACUAUUGCGCCUCCAUUUUGUACGCUACCAUCUGGGAUGCGCUUGGCGAUGUCCUUUAA